AUGACGGGCAACAUCACAGCAACCCCUGGCCUCGAAUCCAUCAUCGCCCUGCUGGGCGCACGCAACCCCAUUGUCCAGGUCCUCAUGCUCCUACACCAGACGAUCGGCACCCGCAUAGGCGUUGACCCGACCGUAUUUCUUAGCUUUCUGGGCUUCCUCUGGGCGUCUAAUCGCAUAUGGAGGCAGCUCUUCACUACCGUCCAGCAGCUGGUCAGCAACUACCUCACUUCCUCCAUCCACGUCUCGUCCAGCGACGAGAUCUUUAUGCACCUGAUGAAGUGGCUCUCUGCGCAGCCUCACCUCGUGAACUCUCGUGCCCUCACAGCCGAGACCGUCAGCAAGACUGCCUGGGAAGGAGAAGACGAGGCCGAGGUCCUCUCGACGCGCAUCUCCGCCGACGGCGGGGGCGUCUAUCUUAACUUCAGCAAUGAAGAGGCCAAGAUGCCGCCACGCUUCAUCCCUGCCCUGGGCGUCCACGCCUUUUGGUUCGAGGGCAACUAUUUUCGCCUCACCAGAAAGCAGGAGUCAUUCAUGGACGACGAGAACAGCGGGAGUGGCAUGUUCAAGGACCGGGAGAACCUGACCAUCUCCUGCUUCGGCCGCAGUCCCGAGCCGAUCAAGCGCAUGCUGCAGAAGGCCAAGGAGAACUAUUACAGCGAUCACCACUCCAAGACAACCGUCAAGAGGCCCAGUGCGCUCGGUAACCGGCGGUUCGGAAGGGGAGCGUGGGCACAGGUCGCACAGAGGCCCGUCAGGCCCAUGAAGACGGUCGUGCUGGAUGUGAAGCAGAAGAUCCAGGUCUUGGCCGAUAUCAACGAGUACCUGCACCCUGCCACGCCUCAUUGGUAUGCGAACCGUGGUAUCCCGCUGAGGAGAGGCUAUCUGUUCCACGGCCCGCCGGGUACGGGCAAGACGAGCUUGUCUUUUGCGCUGGCGGGUGUCUUCGGACUCGACAUCUUCGUCAUCAGCCUCUUGGAGCCGACGCUCACGGAGGAGGACCUGCUGGCGCUGUUCAACUCCCUGCCUAGGCGAUGUGUUGUCCUCCUUGAGGACAUCGACACGGCGGGCUUGACCAGGCCAAAGGAUGAGGAACAGGAUGACGAGAAGGCUGCUGACGAGCCCACCAAGAACAACAACGGCGAGCCGGGUCGGAGUGGGGGCAGGAAGCGCAAGGGGGACGGUGGCGACGGAGAGCGAGGCGGAGCUAACGAUUGGAAGGUGUCGGACCUGGCGCGUGAGCUCAAGAAGCCCUUCAACGAGGACAAGAAAGGCAUCUCCCUGUCCGGCCUGCUCAACGCUAUCGAUGGUGUCGCCUCACACGAGGGCCGGGUGCUGAUCAUGACCACGAACAAACCCGAGACGCUGGACGAUGCCCUCAUCCGACCUGGACGGGUGGACCUGCAGGUUGCUUUCACGAAUGCGACGCAGGAGCAAGCCAGGGAACUUUUUGAACGCAUGUACGAGGCGGACUCCAAGCAUAAGCAUACUGCUGCUGCCAACGGACACGCUUCAAAAGCCAACGGACAUGCCAGCCCGGACGAGAAGUCCGAGAAGGCUAAUGGCUACCCCCAAGAGUCAGAACCAAUGCUCCAGAAUGGCGGCUCGGUCUCCACGAGCGAAGUGCUGCAUGAUGAGAGGCUCGACUUGACCUUUGACGAGCUGAAGAUCAUCGCCGCAGAGUUCGCCGAGAAGAUCCCCGACGGACAGUUUUCGCCCGCAGAACUCCAAGGAUUCUUGCUGAAGAGGAAGAAGAACCCACGGAAGGCGCUUGAGGAAGUGGGAGUAUGGGUAGAGGGCAUGCUCAAGCAGAAGGCGAGCAAGACAAAGAUUCUGCAAGUGCAGUGA